AUGGGUCGAAGCCUUGCAUUGUGGACGAAGACGCUGAGCUUCCCGUCCCGGAACUCGCCAAACAAGUCAUCCAAGCACAGCAUUACCACGUCCAUUAACACGUCGUCGUGCACCAUUUUCGCGCCGGCCACGACGCCCACCAAAGAUAACCACACUCCCGCGUCCACACCAGACGUCUCAGAUUGUGAAAAAGACAAGGAUAUAAUGGGAUCUGUUGUCUAUUGCAUUCACCACAAAGAAGGUUGUAAAUGGAGUGAUCAACUAAGGCGUCUAAAAGGACACUUGCAAACAUGUAAAUAUGAUACGCUACCUUGCACAAACCACUGUGGAGCUCAAAUUGCCAGAAUUCUAAUGGAUGACCAUGUGAGAUACACAUGUAUUGAACGUGUCAUCAAGUGUGAAUACUGUAAUGGUGAAAUGAAAGGAGAAUUAGCCGGUGAAGAACAUAGUAGAACAUGUCCAGUGGAGCCAAUCCAUUGUGAAGCUAAAUGUGGUGUAAAAAUUCCAAGACGAAUGUUGGCCAAACAUAAAGUUACUGAAUGUUCAAAAAGAUUAGUACCAUGUCGUCAUUGUGGACGGCAAUUUGUAGCUGACACUAUUAACUCACAUACAACAUCAUGCCCACGUUUCCCUUUAACUUGUCCCAAUCGAUGUGAAAUUGUCACUGUAGCACGUGAAGAUUUAGAACAUCAUAUAAAACAUGCAUGUCAUUCAAUGUUAAUAUCUUGUAGCUUUAAAGAUGUUGGUUGUCGAUUCAAGAGUUUAAGAGGAAAGCAAAUGGACACACACAUGGAAGAAGCAAGCCAACAACAUUUAACUUUAAUGUGUUCAAUGGUCACUAAACAACAACAACAGAUUGUAUCUAUGAAAAAAGUGAUAAAUAACUUAGCCGUUAAUCAGUCUGGUACGCUGAUUUGGAAAAUUAGCGAUGUACUGGAAAAACUUGAAGAGGGUCGGCACAAAUUAUGUGGUGAUGGUCUAGAACUCAUCAGCUCGCCAUUCUACACCAGUCAAUUUGGAUAUAAGUUACAAGCAUCAGUGUUUUUGAACGGCAAUGGAUCUGGUGAAAACACACAUGUAUCUGUUUAUAUAAAAAUACUGCCAGGCGAAUUUGAUGCUUUACUGAAAUGGUCAUUUUCACAUUCUGUAUCAUUUACAUUAUUUGACCAAAGUGAAAAGCCAUGCAACAUAGUUGAGAGUUUUGUGCCUGAUCCAUCUUGGGAGAAUUUUCAACGACCAAGUACACAGCCAGAUAGCCUUGGAUUUGGUUUUCCUAAAUUUGUGUCACACGAAACUCUACUAAAAAAAAGACAAUUUGUUAAAGAUGAUACAAUGUUUUUACGCAUCAAAGUAGAUCCCAGUAAAAUAGUAGCAGUUUAAAGUAUUUUUAGCUUAUAUUUAUUAAGUAUAUUUAGUAUGAUCUCGUAAAAUGUAUAUAAAAAUAAGUGUUCAAUUUAAUUUUUUUUUUAUAAUCUUUUUAUCAUAGUUGAUAAUGCAAAAAUGUGACUGUUUGUAUAAAUUCUUACACCAGUUAAGUCAAUUCAUUAAUUUU